AUUAGAGUGCAUGAAUAAUAUGCAAGUACACCUUUCAUUAUCUGCAGCGAUAAGAUACUAGGAUUGAUCUAAAUGGGUAAAUGUGAGACUGUCAAAGCCACUCACUUCCUCACUUCCACCUCAGCUAACAGAUUACGAUGGGAACUGGUACGAUGAAGGAAGUAGAGGUAGAGGAAAGUGUGUCCCCUGCUACCACGCCCUCCGCCGGCAAUUUGGGCUGUCAUAUCAACAGACGCCUUGCAGUCUUCUUGGGUGUAUUGUUCGUGAGCGCCACCGUUGCCGUGGGGGUCCUGGCGUAUUACUCCUCCUCACGCACAUUAGAGCAUGGGCACAAGACUUCAGGCUAUUACGUGCCUCUGGAACCCGUGGGUGAUCUUCCAGCUGCUAUCGUCGCAAGAGACAAAGAUGAAAUUGAUAUUCGACUCCCCAAGACCCUAAAGCCUCUUCACUAUGUUGUGAAACUUCAGCCUUUCAUCAAUGGUAACUUUAGCAUCGAGGGAUAUGUUGAGGUGGAGAUAGAAGUUACUGAACCCACCUCCAACAUUACCCUCCACAUUGCUGACAUUAUCACCAAGAAUGAGACCAUCAAAGUGGUUCCCUCUGAUGACGUGGAGGGUCCUGGUGUGGAGGUGAAGCAGAACCUCUACGACAAAGAUCGUAAUUUUUACAUCGGUGUGUUGGGGGAAGACCUGGAGCUGGGUAAGAGGUACAUUCUCUCUAUGGAGUUCGUCGGCCUCCUCAAUGAUCAGCUCAUAGGGUUUUACAGAUCAACAUACACGGACGAAGACGGCAAUACCAGGUGGGUGGCGUCAACUCAGUUUGAAGCAACGGACGCCAGAAGAGCCUUCCCGUGUUUUGACGAACCUGCCAUGAAAGCUACCUUUGAAAUCUUCCUUGCCAGAGAAACUUCGAUGUCUUCAAUUUCAAACAUGCCGAAAUUUGAAACCUUCCCAGUUGAAGGUCAGGAUGGGUGGGUGUGGGACCACUUCAACACAACCGUUCCUAUGUCUACCUACCUUCUCGCUUUCGUCAUCUCCGACUACACUCACAUAGACUCUGAUGCCAACGAUCAUGUUCUCUUCAGAGUCUGGACUCGUGAAGGUGCCAUCCAGCAAGCAGAUCUCGCCCUCAAAACUGGUCCUGUAGUUCUCUCUUUCUACGAGGAGUACUUCAGUGUUCCUUUCCCUCUCCCCAAACAAGACAUGAUCGCUAUACCUGCAUUCACAGGCGGCUCCAUGGAAAACUGGGGACUUAUUAUCUACAGCGAGUCUUCCUUGCUGUACGAUCCAGCUGUGUCGUCGGCCGCAGACAAGCAGCACGUGACUGUAAUCAUCUCCCACGAGUUGGCUCACCAGUGGUUCGGCGACCUCGUCACCCCGGACUGGUGGACGGAUCUCUGGCUCAAUGAAGGGUUCGCUUCCUUCGUGGAAAACAUCGGCACCGACCACGUCGAACCCACUUGGAAGAUGUGGGAGCAGUUUGUGUCUAAUGAUUUACAAGAUGUGCUGGAGAUGGACAGCCUCGAGUCCUCACACCCUAUCAGCAUCCCCGUUGGAAGCCCUGACGAGAUUGAUCAAAUCUUUGACAGUAUCUCCUAUUCUAAAGGUGCGUCUGUUAUUCGCAUGAUGAAUCACUUCCUAACUGAGACAACCUUCAGGAAAGGCGUCACCAACUACCUCAAUGGCAAGGCGUUUUCCAACGCUGAGCAAGACGACCUGUGGCAGUACCUGACAGACGCUGCUCAUGAAGACGAAACACUGCCGCCAGAUAUGACAGUCAAGGAAGUCAUGGACACCUGGACGCUGCAGAUGGGCUACCCUGUUAUCAAGGUUGUGAGGAGCUCAGACGGCACCUCGGCAACCCUCACUCAGGAACGAUUUUUGCUAGUAAAGAACGAGAACUCGUCAGACACCCAUGACUACAAGUGGUGGGUUCCACUAACAUACACGAGUCAAGAUAACCCUAAUUUUAAUAACACUCAAGCCCAAGUAUGGAUGAAGGAUUCUGAGGCAGACAUCACAGUCUCUUCACUUCCUGAGAAGGACCAGUGGGUCAUCUUCAACAUACAAGAAACAGGUUAUUAUAGAGUAGAUUAUGAUGACGAUAACUGGAACUUGCUCAUUCAGCAGCUGAGCACCGACCACCAGGUCAUCCACGUGAUAAACCGUGCUCAGAUCAUCGACGACGCCAUGGACCUCGCACGGGCCGGUCUGCUUUCAUACAACAUCGCCAUGAGCGUGAAUGAAUACCUAAAGACAGAGGCGGAGUUUAUAGCUUGGAACACAGCCUUGCAUAACCUGGAAUAUCUGGAGAUGAUGUUCACUCGUAAAGGAGCUUAUGGUGCUCUUAAGAGGUAUUUACUGGACCUCCUGAUUCCGUUAUACAACUCUGUGGGCUUUGAGGACAACCCGAAUGACCCUCACCUGGAGACGUACAAGCGGGUGCUGGCCUUAUCCAACGCCUGCCACUUAGACUACGAAGACUGUGUUCAGAACUCUGUCUCCCUUUUCCAACAGUGGAUGCAGAACCCGAGUAAUAGCAGCAUCGUUUCACCAAACCUGAAGAGGACAGUGUAUUGCACCGCUAUUGCUGCUGGUGGUGAGGAGGAGUGGAACUUUGGCUGGAACCAGUACCUCGCCUCCAACGUUGGUUCUGAGAAAUCAACACUACUUUAUGCUCUGGGAUGUACCAAGGAGAUCUGGAUUUUGUCUAGGUACUUAGACAUGACCUUCUAUGAGGGUAGCAGCAUACAGAAGCGAGACGCCCCUACUGUGUUCUACUCUAUAUCAGAUAACGACGUGGGCCGCGACGUAGCCUGGAACUACCUCAGGGACCAGUGGGACCAAAUUUAUGAUUACAUUGGUAUCGUAUCCAAGGUGGGAGAUAUGAUCUUAGCAGUAUCUUACGAGUUCAACACUAAUGAGGAGAAACACGAGUUGGAAGUGUUCAAGGCGGAUCAUGCUGGCGAGCUGGGAGCAGCUGAGCAAACCGUUGAUCAAGCCAUUGAAAGAACUGGAAACAAUAUUGCCUGGCUGGACCACAACUACGAAGUUAUUGUUCAGUGGCUUCAAGACCAUGGUUACGAGGCUCACAAACCCUCAAGCAUAAUUAUGAAUUACAAUUAAUUCUUUCUCCUUUUAAUGGAACUCAAAUUAGUAUGACAGUUAAAAAAUGUGUACAAUGAAUUUUUGUUUAAUUUCUUAAGUUCUAAAGUCAUGGUUGUUAUGUCUGAAGUUGGCGUCACGAUAAAUUCUUGUCGCCUAAUAUUAAUUAAAUCACUGCAAAAUUA